AUGGGAGCUAAAGUGCCCAGAAAUUUCAGACUGCUCGAAGAGCUGGAGAAGGGUGAGAAGGGCUUGGGAGCUGAGUCAUGCUCCUAUGGUCUUGCAGAUGGUGAAGACAUGAUGAUGAGUAACUGGAACGGCACUAUUCUUGGCCCCCCUCACAGUGUCCAUGAGAACAGAAUUUACAGCGUCAACAUCCAUUGCGGUCCGGACUACCCUGACAACCCCCCUACUAUUCAGUUUGUAUCCCGAGUCAACUUGCCAUGCGUUGAUGGCCGGAGCGGAAAGGUCGAUCCUACCAAGCUGCCUUGCUUGGCUCAGUGGAAGCGCGAGUAUACCAUGGAAACUAUUCUAGUCGAGCUCAGAAGAUAUAUGGCUCUGCCCCAGCACAAGAAGCUUCCGCAGCCUCCGGAAGGCUCGAACUUCUAG